AUGUACAAUAAGACUGAUGGAGAAGGCUGGUGUUUCACUGCAUAUUGCAAUUUGACAUGCAAUGUGGAGAAGCUUGCCAGACCAUGUCACUCUACUACUCCACCAACUCCUCAAACCACCACCAUAACAAAACAACCCUGUUUUUAUCUUAAUCCACCUAGAAAGCAUGGUGAGUCAUGGAGUUUAAAUAACUGCACCAGAGAUACAUGCGACAAUGGAAGGGUAAUGACAGAACAUGUGCUAUGUAAACCAGUGACCGAGACUGUAUGUGAAAAUGGGCUCCAACCAGUCAGGGUUUAUGAUGAAGGAGGCUGCUGUUUCCACUAUGAAUGCACUUGUGUUUGUUAUGGCUGGGGAGAUCCUCAUUAUGUGACAUUUGAUGGCCAGUAUUACAGCAUGCAGAAAAACUGCACAUAUGUCCUUGUGAAAGAGAUCAUUCCUCAAUACAAUUUUAAGAUUCUUAUCAAUAACGAAAACUGUGAUGCCUCUGGAACUGUGACCUGUGCUAAAUCCUUGAUUGUGUAUUACAAAAACUAUGAAGUUAUUCUUACACAGGACAGAAUCCCAAAGACCUUGAACAAGGUGUAUGUCAACGGCAAGCAGGUAGUCCCAACCUACCUUAAUGAUGACUUCAUCAUAACAAGUACAGCAAUUGAGCUGCUCUUGAGAAUCCCGGCAAUUAAUGCAGUUGUGAUGUUCAAAGGGCUUUUGUUCAGCGUUGACUUGCCAUUUUCCCUUUUCCACAACAACACAGAGGGACAGUGUGGUACCUGUGACAAUAACAGGAAAAAUGACUGCAGAUUACCAAAUGGCCAGAUUAAUCCUACAUGCUCAGAGAUGGGAAAUUGGUCUGUACCAGAUAAGAACAAGCCAUAUUGUGAUAAGCCUCCAAAACCAACCCCAACACAAAAACCUACACCAAUACCAUGCAAACCUGACAUUUGUGAAAUUCUGAUCAGCAAGGUGUUUGAGCAAUGCCACAAAGUACUCUCACCACUACCAUUUUAUGAGGCCUGUAAAUUUGAUGUUUGCCACGAGGACAAACCCAACUUCGGUUGUUUCAGUAUGGAGGCGUACUCCAAGAUGUGUGCUGAAGCAUCUGUCUGCAUACCCUGGAGGAAUGCUACAAACGGACUGUGUGAAUAUGCAUGUCCAAAAAACAAGGUCUACAAGGCUUGUGGACCAACUGUUGUACAAACUUGCAAUGCAAGAUACAAUGAAGAAUAUGCACAAAAAUGCCAGGGAAAAAAUGGAAACCAGAACCAAGCUUGUACUGGCUUCAUGGAGGGAUGUUUCUGCCCAGAGGGGCUGACUCUGUUCAGUUCGAAUUCUGACCUUUGUGUCUCCGUCUGUUGUACUGGACCUGAUGGCCAACCUAAACAGCUUGGUGAUACUUGGCAGAGUGGCUGUAAGCAGUGUGCUUGUGAUAAGAACGCUCUGAGUGUUCGGUGUGAGCCUCUAAUAUGUCCCACUCAAGAACCAAUAACCUGUACUGAGGAAGGAGAGGUGUUGGUGGCCCAUACAGUGGACUGCUGUGAGAGACUGACCUGUGAAUGCAAAAUGAGCCGUUGUUCAGUGACAACACAGAAGUGCCAACUGGGAUUUGAAUUAAAAAUCAACAUGUCAAAUGACACUUGCUGUCCAUCUUACCGCUGUGUACCUAAAGAUGUCUGUGUCUUCAAUAAUACUGAGUACCAGCCCGGUAUGGAUUUCUCCAAAAACCCAUGUGAAUCAUGCCGCUGUACUGAAAGUCAGGCUCCCAACAGCAAGUUGAACACUAUUACAUGUCAUGUGAAGCAGUGUUCCACACUGUGUUCAGAGGGCUAUGUGUAUGAAAACACACCUGGACAAUGUUGUGGAUCAUGUAAAAAAACAAGCUGUGUUAUGGAGGUCCCAGGUUUCACUUCUCCGAUAAUUAUUAAGCCUUCUGAGUCUUGGUCACCACCAAAUGACAACUGUACCAAGUAUGAUUGCCAAAAGGUGAAGAAUGAGUUUAUAACCUCUAAAAAACAAACAACAUGUCCUGCAUUUGAUCCAGAGAACUGCGUUCCUGGAACUGAACAAAGUGACAUCAACGGUUGUUGCAAAACUUGUACUCCUCUUACGAACUGUCAAAUGACCAGGAACACCACCUAUCUGCAGACAAAGAACUGCAAGUCGGUUGAGCCAGUGGAAAUCACAGCCUGUGCAGGAUCCUGUGGCGCGUCCUCAUCAAUGUACUCUGCAGAAAACAACCGUUUGAUGCAUUCGUGCUCAUGCUGUCAAGAAAUGACCACCAGUGAGAAGAACGUGAAGAUGACCUGCGCUGAUGGCAGCACGAUGCAGCACUCCUACAUUUCAGUUGACAAGUGUGGCUGCCAAGUCGCUGAAUGUAAAGACAACAUUUAAAGCAAAACUAAAGUUCAUUAAAGGGAAAUCUAACUAAUAUACUUUAUUAAACUUAAACAACUCCUCUCCAAAAACUAUUAGAGUCAAGACUCAAUAUGUGAAGACACACACUCCUUAGGAUUCAGCAUCGCCAAAUAAGGGUGAAUAAGUUAAACCUUUUAAACAGCAGAGAUGUGGUGUCCUGGUGUCUCUUUUAGCUUUUGAAGAGGUUGAUCUUUUUGAAAACUAAACAAUGUGGUGUUUUUAGUCUUAUAGGGUCUUUUUCUUACUUUUACUGUAAAUGACUUGAGUGAUAAAAGACACAUGAAUGGCUUUAGAUAUUACAGUACAUUGUCAUUGUCUUUUGGGGAAUGGGAUUAUAUUUGUGGUAAUGUGUGAAAGAUUUAAAACAUGGAUUGAUUUUAAAUGGUUUUUCAUUAUUUCUAACAGCACCAUCAACAUAAAUGAUCUUACAACCCAAUGAAUAUAUAA